AUGAAUCCAGAGUGCAGGGACGUGGAGUUGAUGUCCAGUGAUAGCAGCUAUGAUAGUGAUUUGGCUGCAUCGUCUGACUCUGAUGAUGAUUGCUCCGAUCCUGAGUUUGAUCCUAAUGGUGAAGUUGUUGACAAUGAUGAAGAAUACGACCCUCCCCCCUUUUCAUAUGAUGUUGCCGAUCCAAUUAUCGAUCAAGUUAAGACAAGUGGACCAAAACAUACUUGUGGUUCUGUCAACAAUUGUGGUGAAACAAUGGCCUCAAACAAAUGGGUGGCUGAAAGAGUGGUGGAUCAGUUACGGGAUGAUCCUGAAUUGGGACCAAGGGAAUUGCACAAUAUGCUGCAGAAAAAGUACUCCAUAGAUAUUCCAUAUCAUAGAGUUUAUAGAGACAAACAUAGAGCAAUGGACACCAUAUAUGGCAAGUGGGAUGACAGUUAUGACUUGUUACCGACCUAUCAAGCUGAACUUCUCUUAGUUGUACCUGGAAGCAUUGUUGAGCAAGACACCGAAAAAGAUGACAAUGAUGAUUUCUGUUUCAGGAGGUUCUUUGUUGCUCUCCAACCAUUCAUUGAUAGAUUUUUGCAAGGUUGUAGACCCUACGUUGCCAUGGAUGCCACACACUUGACAGGGAGGUCCAGGGGUCUGUUGGCAGCAGUGGUGGCGGUGGAUGGUCACAAUUGGCUAUUUCCAGUGGCUUGUGGUGUGAUUGAGACCGAGUCUACAGAAAGCUGGACUUGGUUUGUUAAUAACUUGAAGAAGGCAAUUGGUACUCCUCCUGGUCUUGUCAUUAGUACAGAUGCGGGCAAAGGUAUAGAGGUGGCUGUACAUGAUGUAUACCCUGGAGUUGAGCAUAGAGAAUGCAUGAGACACUUGUGGAAGAACAUGAAGAAGAAUGGAUAUGGUAGUGAGCUUUAUGGUAAAAAUAUGUGGUGUGCUGCCAAGAGCUUGACAAUUGAUAAUUUCAGCUACUUCAUGGGCAAGAUAGAGGAGAAGGAUACUAGUGCACUUGAGUGGUUGGAUGAGAAUCAUCCAUAUGUUUAG